AUGAGCGCAAAUGAAAAGAAUCAGAUGCAAGAACAGGUUUCAGGUGUAAUUAACAGCUUUUUGAAAAAGAGAAAGUACACAGAGGGUGUAAGUUCAUUGAAGGAUUUCACAGCAGAACAGAAGGUGGAAGACAUGGCAUUCAAGACGACAGUUUCUAACGAAACUGGAAUCACCGAUGUCUUUUCUUUUGCCAUUAACAGCUGCGAACCAGCCAUCCUAGACGAGCAGUACUCCAGCUUAAAGUCAUUUAUUAUAGGAACAAACCAGGCGUAUAGACAAGAGCUCUCUAAGUUUUUAUUUCCAAUGUUUGCAAACAUUUAUCUGGAUAUAGUUGCAAAAGGUCAAGCAAUUCCCGCGCAAACAUUUUUUUCAAAGCACAGUGGUGAAUUUUCAAUCGAGCACAAAGAGGAAAUACAGCAUUUGCAAGUAAUCACUGAUUUGGAACGUGUGAAAUCCAGUGAUGUUGCUAGCAAUUUUAGACGCAGUAAAUUUGUUGUUAAACUGAGCAAUAAGGUCUUCACCUACUUUCUCCAGUAUCUCAGGAGUGGAGAUCACGUGCUGCUGCUUCAUUUACUGAAUAAACAUUUUAGCCUUGAAAUCACUCAUAGCAAACCAGGACAAAAGCAAAAUGGUGAUGAAAUAGAAAAUAAUGCUGGUGAGAACAAUGUAUCAAGUCACCGUGCUACAAGAACAGUAAAGCAAACAAAGUCCAUGACAGAUAAAGAGAAUGAAAACUUGGUGACUUUGAGAGAAAGCAUUGGACGUAUUAGGAGUGGACCUGCAUGUUUACCGUCGAUUUGUUUUUACACAUUUGUAAAUGCAUCUCAAGGGUAGGGAGAUAGCAUGCUUUGAGUUCUGGUAUUAAUUUGUAUUGUCUACAGGAAAGUUUCAGUUUUGUUACUUUAAUUAAGCACUGUGAAUUAUGCAUUUUCUCUUUCACAGAGACACAUUUUGACUCAGAAAUUUCUUACCAUUUUUCUGCCUAAGCCAAGUCCUAUAGCCUGUGUGAUGUUUGAGAUAUGCAGUGGUGGAUCCAGGGGGAGGGUCCAGGGGGUGUGGACCCCCCUCCCCGAUCAGACCUGACGCUUGUUUGAGACUGAAAUUCUUACAUCGACAGGAUCAUAUAUUACUUUUACCUGGCUGAAAUGCGCAAUGCAUUUUGCCACUAAACUUAGUUCAAGGGAUAUAAAAAAAGUAAUUUUUUUUUGGGUACCCUUCUAUGAUCUGUUCGCUUCUGAUCGCAAAGCAGUAUUUCCCGCGCCACAGAUUGAGAAACAAGUGGUCGUCUCUGAGAAGUAAUUUGCCACUAAAAAGUUCAACAGUCCCUUCUGCACCAAAGUUUGGACCUCCUCAAUUAAAAAUUCCUGGAUCUCCCCCCGAUAUGACCCCUCCAUACCUUUUGUUUUCAAGCUUUGAUGCAUCAACACUGCUGAAAGGAGUACCUUAACAUGAAUAGGAAGCAAGUUGUCCCCCCCCCCACCACCAGACAAUCAACUGUAGACUGUCUUCAUUCUCUUUUAACAAGUAACUCUCAAACUUGCCAAUUUAGUAUUUUUAGGCUCUAUCUCAGCAGUGCCAAUGGAUUUUCACUAACUGACCCAAGUCAAAAGUUGCAAAAAAAUUGGAAGGGUGUUUUUGAGGUCGGGUUGCAUUGCUUGAGAAGGAGCCAUAGCAGAGUUUUUUUCGUUCCUGAUAUAGAGGAGUCUAAUGCAUUGACAGUCAAACAGAUAUGAGCAAAGACCAACUCUGGGUGUCCAGUGUGGUGGUGUCCAUCUUACUGACAGCAUGCUUUUGUUUUCUUAUUCUUAAGACUGAGUUCUGCUGCAGUAUCUAAGGAUGCUGGACUCAUUUGCGGUGGUUUUGAAGAUUCCUCUAUCAUGCUCUGGAGCCUUACUCCUAAGAAGCUUGUCCAUCCCAAGAGAAAACCUGACAUCUCUAAAAUACAGCUAUCCUCAGGUAUCUAAUGAAUGGAUUGAAGAAGCAAUGACUGUCUACAAUUUUCAAUAGCUUGAGGAUAGCUUACAAUAAAUAUUUUGUUUUUUUUAGAUUACUGAUCAUCCAUUCAUGUACAAUUUUUUAAAGCUUAUCUAGUAAAUUCUCUAUUAUUUUCUGAGUUUAAUUUUUCACAUUUUCCUUCUCAGGUUAAGCAAUAUUUUGUAGGAAAAGGAAAUCUAAAACUUUCAGACUGGAAAAUAUGAGGGAGAGAGGAGUAAAAAAAUGAAUGUAUUCUCACCUUCAUAGAGCCUUAAAUUACAUGUGAAAUUAUUUUUCAGGAAAAUUAAACUGAAGCCCUUGUUAUUUUGAAAAGACUCAAGUUGCCCUAGAAUGACUGAACAGCUACAAAUUUUAUAGAGCUGCAGUCCCAGGGGGGUACUUCCUGGUAACAGGCUAAUGGGGAUGUGCCGCUAGAUGGGAUCGCAUACUGUAUUUCUUCGAUUAACUGCCCUGGGCGCUUAUUAAAUUUUUGGACCUUGAGAGUGGGCAGGUGGGCGCUUAUUCGAGGCUGGGCGCUUAUUAAUUUUUCACCACUUUCAGCAAGUGAGGCAUGUUUAUUUUGCAACAAAACAAUAAAUGCUAAUAACAAAACACGAAGAAGUAACAAUGCAAGGUUUCUGUAAAAUACUCUGAAGAAAAUCCAUCCUCGGGGAAGUCUCUUAUUAGAAUUUAUUCACUUAAGUGGGUGGGGUGGGGGUGAGCGCUUAUUUGAGUUUGAUUGGGAGGAGAAGGGGGUGGGCGCUUCUUCGAGGCUGGGCGCUUAUUAACUUUUUCUGCCUUGAGGAUGGGUGCUUAUUCGAGUUGGGUGCUAAUUCGAGGUUGGGUGCUUAUUCGAAUAAAUACGGUAUCGAAGGCUCGAUUGACUAUAAUGGGGUUGCAUUUUCAUUAGAGUUACUAGAAUGGGAUCGCACAUUUUUGGGAUUUGGGGGAUGGGAAAAUUCAGGUAGGUGAGAAUUUAAAAAUGGGAAGAUUUUUUGUUGUUUAACCAAUGUGUCAAGUCAUUUCCGGAUGACCUAGUUAAAAGGCUUUAUAAGGUAGAUGCAUAAACAGAAAGUUACUAAGUUGAGAUCGCAAAAAUUACAUUUUCCCGAAAGUCACUAAGAUGGGGUUUAUAUUUGCUCACAGAAUAGACUAUAAUGGGGUUGGGGUUCUGAGAGGCCAGCAGCACAUACCCAGCAAAAAAUUAACCCAACUAACCCCCGGGGCUGCAGUACAAUGUAAAGGCUUUAGGGAUCGUUUGAAGGGGCAGCACAAACAUGGUGGACGGCAGUAAGCCACCUGUUGUAGAUGUUCUUAGGGUUUUUCUUUUGCAAGACAUACCUGGUGUAACAGAGUCUUUAGGAAUUCUGUAAGUGAAAAUUAGUUGCAUUUGUGAAACUAUUAAUGCCUUUUUGAACAUAGCACUUGUUUGUUGACCUUCAUGUUGUCUCUCCAUAUGAUCCAAGAAGCUUUUCACUCAUUUAGAAUAUGGCAGCAUCUCUUAUUGAGUCUGGGUUGCUUGUGAUUCCACUGAUGUGUUAAAAUGGGACUCCAAUAAAUGUGAUUAAGUGAAAAACUACCUUACGGAAACAACCUUUAACAAAGCUGCAACCAUAGUCACAGAUGUUUUGCAUCUGGUACUCUGAAGAAACUUUAAGACCAAGCAAUUUUCAUGUUAGCCAGUGAUGUAAUAAUGUGCUUAUUUUUUUCUUCUUUUAGACCUGGUUUCAGUAUCAUCUAAACUGGAAACAGUCUCUAGUGAGUGUGUUUCUCUUCAAGGUCACUGUGGCUCAGUUUACAGCACACAAUUUUCACCGGACAGCUCAAUUUUACUCUCAGCAUCAGAGGAUACUUCAGGUACUAAGAUUAAGGGCUUUUUCUUAGAGCAGAGCCUUGGUUGUUAUCGCCUCACACAUCUCACAUAACAUCGCUUGGGUUGGUUAUGGUAAGCGCAUAAAUGGACCAAUAUGGUGGCAGCAGGGUUGGCCUUGUAUGCUGACAUCCGAGCUUACUGUUAAUAUUUAAAGGGGGUGUGUCACGCUAUUUUUUAUCUUUUUAAAAACCUAAAACAUCUCUUUGCAUCAAUUCAGUUCCAAAAAUUAUGCUUAAGGUUUGUUAUUUAAGGCUAUACUUAGGCAAUGAAAGUGACCCUGUCUUCUGCUGCUAUGGAUGCCAAGGAUGGACGUGGAUUGAAACUUUUUAAGUUUUAAUGUCUGUGUCUGUAAAAAUUACCAAAACAAUAUUAUGAUGUUUGAUAUCUUCCUGUACAGGAGCAUUUUGUGUAUGGGUUAAAGGCAUCAAGUAAUGACUUCAGCACAGAAUUGACCUAAAACAGGGACAUGUACUGUUGUUUUUUCAUCUACGACACAGCUAUAGGCAGUGAACAAACGUCUUUUCAACUAAAAUCAGCAUUUACUUUUUUAAAAUUUUUAAUUUAUCGAAAUUCAGGUUAUUUGAAACCGCCGAGUUUCAUCAAGUUGCCAGAAAAUACAAGUUACUGCCAAGUAUUACCAGACCAUGAAAAAACUGCAAAGUGCGCGCUUACUUAAAAACGAACAUUUACUUUACAACUUUUAAAAGUGACACGACCUCGUGCGUCUUCCGGUGCGAAGGAUGAUGAUCAAGAUGGGGUGCUAGAUUCACCCUGAUUUCAUCAUUUUUGUAACUACUUUUAUAACGUUGGAAAAUUCAAAUCCCGAAGUCUAACUGUUGAUCAUUUGUGGAUUUAAGUAUAAUACUUCAGUUCAAAACGAUUUUCGUCAAACACGUUUGAGCCCCCACUGUUGUUAAAACCUGUUCCAUCUGCUCGUUUUGGGGCAUUUCUGGGGGCGUUUCCUGGGUAUACAUGAUACAGUUGUGCAGAAAUUUAAAAUUAUGGUACAGCUUUUUUCAAAGACGUGUUUCGGCGAGGCUCUUGCUAUUUUUAUUUUGAAGAUGAUGCUUUUUUGGAUUUUAAUUUGGCAAAAAUUUCGGAACAAAAACUUGGUGGUAAGACCCCGGGAAAGACCAAGAUAAGUCUUGCACGCGACUGCUCACUUGUCAAAACAUAUGUUAUAAUGCAGUGCUCACAUAAUCACACGACACGUUUUACAUGCACGUGACCCUAUGGCCGAUCGCCCGGCUGGGAGUUCCUCACUCAUUUUCACAGGCGGCACUGUCGAGGUUUCAAUGAAAUGUGAUUUGACAAAAAAAAAGGUUUUGUUGAGUGUCUUUGCGUAACUCCAGGAGCAGGCUAUUUGCACAAAAUUAAAACCUUGCCUUGUUCAGCAUCAAAUAAUCACUGACUUCUCUUUUAUCCAUGACGGAGGAUCGGGUUUUAUCUUUGCCUUAUUUUUGCAUGUUUUCGUCCCAGUGACAUGGAACAGUCAGAUGUCUGAGAACUUCGAAUUCAUCCGAAGGAAACUUCCUGAUUAAUAUCAAUGCAUUGAAUGGAGCGCAUACACUCUUUUUUUUUAUUUAUAUAAGAAUAUAUUUUAUAAGAAUAUCGGGGCGAAAUUUUAAGAAUAUUUAAAGAAAAAAACCCGCGUCUGAGAUUUUGAAAAAGAAUUAAUUUUGUGUGUUGAUGAUUUGCAAAUACGUACAAUUAUAUGCUUAUGACUUAACCGUAUAAAAUUAUUGCUUUCUCUAAACUAGCCAACAAAACGAAAAACCCUGCACUAACUGUAAUUGAUACUCAAUAAAAGUAACUUAAACGUAAAUGUCAUACACUACAAUUUUUAACUAAUUCAAGAACAUUUUCAGCCGUUAAAAUCGGCAAAGAAUAAGAAUAUUUAGCUUGGGCCGGAAAAACAACAUUUUUAUUAAAAAGACUUGUAUAGGUGGAAAAAACAUUGCCCAGGAUGGAGAACAGGGGCUCAAAUCGGAGAUCUUACACUUGAAAAUGAUAAAAUUUGUAGGCAGUGAAAGCUGUGAAUAUGAUUGCUCCUCUAGACUUAACGUACCGGGUAGGAUAUAGAAAGAUCUCUCAUUGUGAAAACGUUUAUUUUACAUGUACUUGGAAACAGCUGAUACUGCAAAAGCAGGCUGAAAAACUGAUCAACAACGUUCCUAAAUAAUUGUCAUUCACAAUACUUAACUUUGGUCAAACUGGCCUCAAAUGAAAUGGUGAUAUUUUUUCACAGGGAUUCGUGUAUAAUACUGGUAACUGAUUACAUGUCAAAGCCUUCUUUCCAACUACAACAAGGUUUCAGUGUUCUAGCUUUACAUAUUGAGUCACGUGAAGAGCUAAUUGUCUCAAGUGGAAAUCCUAGUGAAGAUUGUGUAACAUAACACAGGAAACGUGCAGGGUAGUGUGCAUGUGUGAGAGCUUGUGCUGCUUGCAUAACUAAUUCGCGCGGAGUGCUUCAAGUGAUUUCACUACAACAGUUAACCCUUUAAGCCCUAAAAGUGAUCAACAUCAAAUUUCUCCUUGUAAAAUCAAUGCUCUGUAAAACAGAGUGGUCAUGAGAGUUACGGACAUGAUCACACAAAAUUUGCUUGAUAUUUUAUCAACUUCUCCCCACUGCUUCUGUGGGAAAUGAAUAGGGACAACAAAUGAGAAUUCAAAUUUUGAUCUUAGGCUUUAAAGGGUUACUAGACGUAAUUAACGAGGUCUAAUUUUUCCUUGGCGCGUUUCCGUAAGAAAGGUAUUCCGAAAGAAGAAUUUACAUCAAACUAACUGUAAAAAUCACUUGUUUAGCUAAUGAGGCAGGUAUCCACUGCCUUUAAUCGUCCGCAACCCUGCCAGGGUUGCAGCCGACAUCAGGGUAUUGCAGGCUAUACAAAGCUGAUAUGCAUUACUCACAUCUUCAUAGCACUGCGUGUCUAAACACUCGAUAGAUGAGAUCUGUUAAAUCUUUCUUUGUCGAGGAAUUCUGGCAAUCGAAUGCACCUCAUGUUUGAGCGAGAUGUGCUGGCGUUUUUCCCCUCCCUUUUUGUGCUUUUUCUAAAAAAUCUUUUCAACAUGUUGGGAAUAAAGUAAGUGAAUUAAAUUCAUGCUACUUACAGUGCUUGUGACUUGCGGAUUUCUCGUUCCUCGCUUUUCAGUGCAGCCUCGCAAACUGCAGUUAGAUGUUUGAAGAGAUUUGAAUGUUUAUACUGAGAUCGCACUAUAGCUCGCGUGCCAUGCUUUGCUGGUAUUAAGUAACACAGGUGACCUUUUCCCUUUUCUCAGUUAACUUCUCCUGUUUCAAUUGUUUACGUCGAGCCUUGACCUUGUUGUUCACGUGUUCUUUGAAUAUCUAGUUAAUCCAAAUAGUGAGCUACUGAUAUGUUUGAUUCAAGUAGCGACGUACCAUCCUUGCACACCGAAGCCAAAUGGAAGGGCUUUGCCGUUGCACAAACACAUCUGUAAGACUUAAGCAUCAGAGAAAAUGGUCGUGUUCAGAUCAGUGAUGUCAAAAACGUCUUACCUAACGGCAAAAAAAAAAAUGUUCGCAAAAAGUGGGCCAUUCCAAAAGAGAUUAGCCUUGUUUAGAAGUAUCUAUCUUUUAUUCAGUUCAAAACGACUAGUUUUUUGUACGUUUUCAAACAAAAACCUCUCGUCCAUUGAAGCGUUCUUCAGUUCAUACGUUUCUGUUUAAAAACGGAUGAAUGUGAGGUAGAUUGGUACAAUUCUCCUUCUACUCCUCCAAAAUGAACUGCUUGGUGGCGGCUUGUAAAAUUGCUUCCCACCAGAGUCUUGCACCAAACACUUUUGUCCUGGUAUAACACAGAAAGAAUCUCCAAGGAUUACUUGUAGUAUGACAUUUGUCUACUGCUUCGAUUUUCGAGACCGACAGUGAAAGUAGUCAGCUCAUGAUUAUGUUAACUCUUUCCCGGGCUGACUUACCAAAAUGUUGAACACGAACUUGGAAAAAUAGUUUCGUUUUCAAAUAAGAACAAUGUGCCCCAAACAACAAGAGCAGCACGUUCCAUUUGUAUUUUGUCUCUUUCUUUUUUCCUUGUAAUUUCGAGAAAAUGUCAUAUUCAAUCAGUUACAGUUCCCUGAAAACUGAUGUGCAGCUCAGUAGCUUUAAUUUGAAUGGUUUCACUUUUUUUAUUUUCUCCACAAUCUCAAACGAUUUCAAAAGUUAGAACAAGUCCGUACAACAUAACUUCACGACGCUCAGGAAAAAGUCUGGAAAAAACAAGGUCCCAAUAAGCCAAGAUUUUAUAGACAGUUUUUUUGUAGUAGUAGUAGAGCACCACAUGCCCCGAGCUUUCCUUAGGAGUUAGAAAGAUGAUAAUCAUUUAGUUUCCUGAGCAAAGAGAGGUCCUGAAUUGUUAUACGUGUGCUUACAAAUUGCGAGUGUCGGUGAUCGGUUAUCGAAGACGAUUUCCAGUUGCCUGAAAUCCAAGAGUAGUUUGUCAUCCGUGCGAUGAUGUUACAUCUCAUUGACUUAAAGCCAAGAAGAAGCUAAAUUUAAACCGAAGUCGUGAUAUUCCCCUUGACGAGGGCGGAUAUGGUGUGGUGUGGGAGUUGCCUUCUGUUUCAGCUGACAUUAAAAGAUAUUUCCGGCGCUCAUAUCAUUGUUGUAGACGAAGUCUUAGGAUACAUUUUACUGAUGAAAAAACCUUAGAGUGUAAUACAUUUCACCGUUUUGUUUGUCAAUAUCGAAUUGAUAUUACUAUAGAAUCGCAAAUUUUGCCUACUGAGUGCUCUCUUUGUAACUAGGGAGAAUUUGCUUCCCUCCUCAUCUUCCAAAGGGUUGCUCAAUUCCUAAUGAAAGAGAAUUCAAUUAACCUUUAGCCUUGAGAUUCCAUGAAAACUCUUCAAUUGGACACAGUGUCUUUAAAAAGGCAUCGACCAUUUUCUCCAGUAUGGUGAAAAAUCCGCCUUGUAAAAUCAGCAACGGAUGUCUCAAGUAGUUAACCCUAAAAGCAAGUAGGACAUUCGGCAUUUAAAUUGUCCCACUACAUAAUAUUAUUGUCUCCUGCAGCCGUAAAACCUGGAACAACUGAAGCCCUUUUGGAAAGAUUUGGAGGAAAUCAUGAUAACAGGUGCUCUCGACACGUGCAAAGCUGUACUAUGAAAUUUCAUCUGCGCAAUUAUUGUUUGGAACGGAUGCGACUCCUAUUCACUCGUUUUAUCCCAGCACGUGCUAAGCUACGCGUUGGGAGGCCUUACGUCCUUUACAGCUCGAGCUGUGAUCAUCGUAUUUCAAUAUGAGCACGUGCAUGCAAAGAAGACCUCCAACGUAAUCGCGUCGCGUUACUAUUAAGUUGAAGAAUCAAUACGUGAGAUAUGUUAUGACAAUGUGAGUGUGCGUAAUUGUAAGUUAUCUUUGUGUGAAAUGCUUGUUUUGUUGCGCUUCGAUUUCGCUAGGCCAGCUCUGGGUGGGGGUCAGGGGAGGGGCAAAUUGCGAAGGGAUCUCCUUUAUUUGGAUUGAACGGGGACGUGCGGCUGAACGAAGCAUGUUUUUGAAACAAGUUAACACAGGCUAGAUAGAGCAAGCCGUAGAUUUGUUGUUGUUGUUGUUCUUUUUAUCCUCUCCGGCUCCUUACACUGAACUCUAACUGAAGAAAACGUGAACACAGACUAUCCUUAUUCUGAGUUUUUCCUCUUACUUUACGUUCCCAUCUAUAGGAGAGUAUCAGCCUCAACAGGGCAGUGCUGUGUCAAAUGUGUAGCCUCUGCUUUCGCGUGACUUCUCGUACCUCCCCCAAAUGGAGAACUUGCUCGCAGGCUAUCAAGUGUAACGUCUUUUCUGCCUCCUCACCCAAUCACCCACCCACCCACCCCGGGAAAGUCUUUGGAGUUUGGUUCUUUUCCGUUCCUCCCUCACUAUGUCUUCUCUUGUCCCCUCUUCCAGGACAAAGUCACCGGCGCGCCGCAUCCACACAGCACAUUAUAAUUUUGAAAGUCGAGAUUUUAAACUACGCAGAAAAAAAGACUAGUUCAAACAGCAGCAUUAAAUCAUAUGGUAGACUGCUUCGCAGUCCCUCGGGCUGGAGUUACGCAAUGUUCCCAGUCCCAAAGCGUGAGUUCGAAUUCUUCUGGGGCUGGGUGAUCUGGGAGAGUGCGAUGAUAUGAUUCACCUGUUUGUCUCCUUUGAGGGGUCUUUGCCGCUUUGCUUUGGCGUAACUGAGUGGAAAUUUUGCCCAAAAAAUGACCUCUUGAUGUUCAUAUGUUCAAAGUCCAGCUGAGAACAUUUUAUAUGAUAUUUAAUUUUAAAAAAAAGUUUGGCAUAUUUGUGGCUCAUCUUGCAAUUUCAAAACCGUGUACCUCCAGUGAUAAGUUGAGAGAAAGCCUGUGUGAAGGAGACUACUGAAAACAGUUGGUGGAGUUCAGUUCCCAAUGUGAUAGACUGCGAGCAGUCUUCCUUUUGCUCUAACAUAUGUGGAACGAAGUGGAAAGGCGAGCGCGAUAUGCAAGUUGUGCUCGUAUAACGCGCUCACUUGUUUAAAUCUUUGCACAGAUUUUAUAGCAAAAGGAAGACUUUUCGCAGUGUACCAGUCUUAAAGUGUUUAAAUCUGGCCAUAGUUCGAACUAUAAUAUUAUAACCAGCCGCAAAGUCCGCAAAUUCUAUUCACUUCCCGGUUAGACUGGAAACACCCGCGUUGUUUCAUACAAUUUCAGUUAUUUCUGCAGUCCUUAUAGAAUUGCCAAUAAUUGCUAAAAGUAAUAAUAAUAAUAAAAGGUUCUAAUGCUGCCUUUCAUGCGUUUGUCUGAACAGUUCGUUUGUGGAGCCUUCAUUCAUACAACAACGUAGUAGCAUACAAAGGACAUAAUUUUCCCGUCUGGAGCCUGGACAUCAGCCCACAGUGCCUGUACUUUGCCACUGCAUCCCAGGACCGCACGGCCAGGCUUUGGAACUUUGAAUAUACUUUUCCCUUAAGAAUAUUUGCAGGACACCUACAAGACGUCGAUGUAAGUUUUACUUUGUGCUCAGAUAACUAGAAAGUGUGGCUUGUGACUCUGUAGUCUUCAACUUUACACGGCUCGAACAAAACUUGAAUUCCAGAUUGUCCUUUGGGCAAGAAGCUCCACAUUUUACUUUACAAGGCCACUUCUUCCUUAGUUAAUGAUUUAGUUAGCAGAUGACUUGCCGGAACAUACGGUGGAAUGCUAACAGCUCUCUUAAGUGGGGGUGGGGGAGGGGGGAGAGGGGGUAAAACGUACACCGUCUGAUAAAAAAUGGGCCUAGUAAGGAAAACGUCUCAAGCCAUUUUACAAUUUCUUGUAGAGAUUUUAAAAAUGGCUUUUUUUUUCAGUGCGUGAAAUUUCAUCAUAAUUGCACGUACCUCGCCACAGCCUCAGCCGACCGAACAUGUCGACUGUGGGACCUACAAUCUGGAAACUGCGUCAGGCUUUUCACUGGACAUAAGGUACGUUACUACUGUACACCCUCCAAUGAGCGACCGCGCCCAGCCAGUAAUCGCCCACCCCUUGCCGAAUAAACUCUCAUCCCUUUGCCAAACUAGCAAAUGGGCACUUCUGUCGAUUAAGCGACCCUUCCUCUUUUCACCCCUCCCCUCCUAGUUAUCUCCUCCAAUGCGAGGUUCUAGCUUAAUUGUAGUUCAUUUUGUUGAGGUAAGGAAAAAAGAAAAUGAAAAACUUGUAUAUUUACCAUUUUCACAUAGACCCUAAUGCAUCUUGAUUACCGCCCAAAAUUUUGCAUAAACAUUAGGGCCAUUUAUACGCGGAAAAGUAAGACGCGUCUUUCAUUAGACGCGUCCUAAAUAUUAAAGACGCAAACGUUCCCGUAUAAACGGCACAUUAAGACGCGACUUAUCGAAGAACAGGUGCUAGGGGCUGUUCUUAGAUAAGACGCGUCUUAGCUAAAUUUCAAAUGAAAUAUGCAGUUUAUACGGGAUAGUUUGAGUCUUAUUUAGGAGGCGUUCUAUGUAAGACGCGUCUUAUUUUUCAUCGUUUAAACGGCCCUAUUGUUUCUAUUUUCACCUGGGUAUUACAGUCGUCCUAAGAGAAAUCGAAGACAAUUGUUAUACCCAUUUUAUAGAUCCGAUAUGCUGUUCAUUUUGCGUGGUUUUGUCCAUGUUUCUAAGGUUGGUUUUGGCCAUCCUAUACACUUUCUUUGCGAGACAUCAACGAGGCACGGAGAUACUAGCAGAAAUGUACUCUAAAAUCUGAAUUGAAAUAAUGAUAUGAUUGAUUGAUUGAUUGACACUUGGACUCUUGCUUUUCCGGAGACACGUGAGAUGGCGUGGUUCGGUGGGUGUUGAAGUUCGAUGUGAGGGCUUAAAAUAGAGUGAGCGGGUAUUUUCUCAGCAGAGCUUCUGUUCUUUCUGUUGACGCGCUGUCCUGACGAGCCACAAUAAUAUCGAAACAGCUGUCUAUGGCUACAACCUCGCUCUGGGGUUCUUUCGGUGUCGUGUUGACGUCUUGCAAAGAUAAUUUUCAUGUCAUACGAUCAGCUUUGCAAAUUUCAUUGUGUCGAUGGUUUUGCCAAUUUUUUUUUUAUUAAAUGUGGUGCAUUGUGGUCUAUGUGAAAUGGUGAAUAGCCUGUAUAAGAUUCAAGACUCCGAAAACCACACCCUGUUAAGUGGCACAUAUCGUAUUUACUUGAAUAAGCGCCGCCCUCGAAUGCGCGCCGUAGUUGGGACAAAUUGUUAAUAAGCGCCGCGGCCCUGAUAUAAACAAAAUCAAAAGACGUUAAUUCUGUUAGUUUAAUACGGAUAAUAAUACCGUUGGUAAAACAAUUUUUUCACGUCCAACUUUCCUAAACGGCUCCUUCAAAUAAGCACAACAUUUAAAGGGCUUAUUCGAGUAAAUACGGUACGCGCUUAGGAUAAAUCGGGGAGUGCUCUCCCUGCCGUCCCUCGGGUAAAAUAGGUUCUGAUCUCCACUUAUUAAGCCGUAAAGGUUUCAUUAUUGGGUAUACAAUUCUCAUUUGGAGGAGGCUUACGCUGUUUUGCAUCAUAUACCAUAAAUCCUCUAUUAAUACCCCCUCUCUUUUAAGCCCCUCCCUCUCCCCUCCCCCUUAUUAUUCUUCACAAAUAGAUGAUAGACUGUAUAAAUCAAUCACGACUGUAAAACUUCAUUUUAGUGGAGUGAUCCAGGAUGGUUUAUUCACGUGUUGGAAGGUCGGAUUUGUUUUUGAUCCUCAGCUGUAUGAACUCCAACUUCCUGUAUUGAGCUUUUCCACUUUUCAUUCUGGUUCUUUAUGGAGAGCUGAUACCACCAUCUUUGCUAAAUUAAAUAAGCCCCCCCCCCUCUCUAAUACGCUCCCCGUCUCUAUUAAGCCCCCCUCAAAGGUGUUUGAAAUAAAUAUGCCCCCAGGGGAGCUAAUAGAGGAUUUACGGUAAUAAUAGUUAAUCUAUGUUUGCUUGAAGGGUUCGAUACACGAUCUGGCAAUUUCCCCCGACGGACAGUACCUGGUGUCAGCGGGAGAGGACCGGCGCAUUCUUCUGUGGGACCUGUCCGCUGGAAGUAUGGUUAAAGAGUUGCGCGGGCACUCGGAUUCUGUAUAUAGUCUCGCUUUUAGCGCAGAUGGGACGCUGUUAGCCUCUGGGGGUCUGGACAGUAGUGUAAGGAUAUGGGAUUUUGGACUAGCUGUCAAGACUUGUAAUAACAGCAGUGGCGCAAAUGCCAAUGCUUCUGCUGAACUGAUGGCUUCUUUCUCCACUAAAAACUGUUCCGUUCACUGCGUGCAGUUCAACAGUUGCAAUUUGGUAUUUGCAGCGGGCUCGCAAAUGACAUGAACAGCGGGGAUGACGCAGAGAAUAAAACAAGCCCAACCUAAGAAAACAGCCGACAUUGCGCGACGCCACCAUUGGUUUCCUCGCGAAGUGACGUCUGAGAAACGAGCAGGAAAUGACGUGUCACUAUCCAGGUCUAAGUAGCGCUUCUGAUUGGUUG